AUUCAAAACUAAUUUAUUUUACAUGGAGACCAGGCUAGCCCGGUUUCCUGAGAUCUCACUUGAGUAAAGUGGGGCGCCCGUUUUACCGAGCUUAAUUUUUUGCAUGUAAACAUGUUGGCCCGGCAAAACGGGCUAGAAAAUGUGAUUACCAUGGUUACCAGAUACGUGCACGAACAAAAGUGAACGAACAUGGCGUCUCUCGAAGUCGUACCUGAGUCAUUACCUGAGUCAGAAAAACGAAAGGUUAGGCCUUUUCGCUGGACAAACGAAAUGAUCGAGCUAUUGAUAAACAGCAUAGAAACGUACAAAGUCAUGUGUGAAUACGAAGGAAAGGAUUUUGACGCGGACCGUACCAAACAAUAUGAAUGGAUAAGAGUUCAAAUGCAGCAGAUAUAUAGUGCUGAAUUUGGACCACCAGAAGCAGAAAGUGCACUGAGUAGAGAAAUGACCAAAGAAGAAAAGGAUGCUCAUAUCAAGAAGUCAAAAUCACAGCGUGAUCAAAUCAAAAAAGGUUAUGGAAGAGUUCAAGAAAAAGUAAAAGAAAUACGUCAAAAUUUUAGCAGUGCAAUCACCAAUGGCAGGCGAAGUGGAAGCGGCAAAAUUGUUUUUGCAUAUUAUGAUAGGUUGGUGAAAAUUUAUGGGGGAUCAGCAUCAUCUGAACCUAUCAGCACUGGUGUAGACACUGACAUAUUUAAUUUUGAAAGAGAGAGUGUGGAAAAUGAGGUUUCACCUGUAUUGGAUGAAACUUUUCCUCAAGAUUUAUUACAAGAUUGUCAGGAUGUGUUGGAAGAUGACAUCACUGCCAGUGCAUCUGUUAACAAACGAAAAGCUGAAGAUGCAUGUGUGAAGCUCAUUGAUAAUAAGAGAAAGAAUAUGGAGCGUACACUUAGUGCAGCUCAACGAGACCAAAUCCUAAUGAGAGAGAGCAAAGAAGAAAUGAAUUUUAAAAAAGAAAUGUGUGAAGUUAUGAAAGAGUCAUCAAAAAAUACAGCUGGUGCAAUUGGACAGAUGACUGCAGCCAUUGAAAAUAUUGGAUCUGGGAUGACAAGAUCAAUUGAGAUGCUAGCUACUGUAUUUGCUCAUCAGCAACAGCAACAAACUCCACAACAAUGGCCACAGCAUCAUCCACAAUUCAAUAACUUUAAUUUUUCAAGGCCAAAUGACAAUGCACAACAGAGAAUGCAAGCUAGUAUCAAUUCUAAUGUGCCUGAUGAACAUAGGAGGUAGCUGACAACUUGAUACAUGUUAUAUGUACAGUGACAAAAUAUUAAGGUAACAUAAACAAUUUUGAUAGUUCUCAAAACCUUUUUAAUUGUUCACAAAAUUGAGUUUAAUUUUAGGGUUAACAGUUUAAUCUGUAUCUGUACUAGUUCUGUUUAUUUUUGGAAAAAAAUAUGUUAUGUUUGAACAAGU